GAUCUCGCCGGAACUAUCAUCACUGCGCCAGAGGGUUCCUCAUAUGUAGCUGGAGAUCAAGGCUACGCUCGCCCAAACUAUGUUCGGCCGUGCUGCGCUCGUGACUACACCAUUGCAGUGACCUCUGAGCUUGCUCAUAGACCGAGCAAUCUAAGCUGGGCAGAAUCUACAACCAUGGCUGUGUCGGCACUUACAGCAUGGCAAGCCUUGUUCUUUCAGGGUGGACCGGGUGGUCCUGAAAAUACCGCAAACCAAUGGAAGAGAAUCUUCUUCAUCACAGCUGCAUCAGGUGGUGUUGGGUUAUGGCUCGUCCAGCUUGCUGGAAUUGCAGGCCUUCACACCUGUGCAUCCUGCGGAUCGGAGAAUGAACAAUAUGUCCGUGACCUAGGUGCCAAUGACGUAGUCGAUUAUGGGAAUAAGACGAUGGAUCUGGCGAUCGAUUACUUCAGUAAUGAGAACUUAGGGGAUGUCGGGGGAUGUGCUGUCAAAGAUAGCAGCACCUUUAAGCUGGAAGAAUUUGAACAAGCGUUUGCAAAAGUUGAUACUAGACGGGCUAGAGGUAAAGUUGUCCUCGGUGUGAAUUAA